AUGGAUAUAGACGAGCAAGACCUUUACAAUUGGCAACGCCUCACAGUUCCUGACCAGCCCGCUGAUUUAUUUUCAACGCCUGACUUGGGCCAUGGUCAAACGUUACUUAAGCCCCAGGCGCCACCUUUAUAUCAUGCGGUUAUCUUAAGCAUCGAAGAAGAUGACGCAAGUGGCUUGAGAGACGACUUAUCCAAUACAUACAAUCAUAGAUCCGGAUCAGAUAAAAUCGACAAUAAUUAUUCAUACCAACAACUGCAGGCUGGUACUACGAGGUUAGAUACGUCCUCUAGCGAGUUGGAGGCAAACCCUUACGAAGGCUGGGAAACAGCUCCGGAUUUACCAAUUACAAAUACGCCCAGAGAGAGACCUAUUACCGUAGAAAUUCCCCAGUCGACCUUAACCCAACCAAAAUCUCUCUUCCAGGGUUAUAUUCCACCUGCCACCCCGAUUAAGGAACCAGACGCAUUGACAAUACUAUUUGAAGCCACAAAGGCUCGUCAGCCUCUCGAAGGCUACGUCGAGUUCGAUCUGCAUGGUUUUUCCAUAUACCUCGACUCUGAGCUCUACCCUUAUGAGCUGAGGUCUCUGCAACACCUCGCAACUCGACAAUUUUCUGAUCAUUUCUAUUUUGAUGGAGUCCUUGGAUGUGGCGAACAUCGUUUUUUUCUUAAGAAGAUACCCUUCCGGCAACUCCCUAUUGGGAAUUAUGGGAACGAGGAACCUACCGUGGGCGACCAAAUCUGGAUACGCUCGGAACAUAAUGAAAAGAGAAACCACGAAAUUUAUUACAAGUUAAGAGCCCCAUCAAUCGAGUACGUAAGAUUCCACCAGCCAUUCCUCUGGAUCGUUGACCUUACUAAGCAUGUGCUUGACUAUUGCGACUACUUGAAGCAGAACGGCCGUAGGGCUGUUUUGUAUGACUUUGAAUCGGACUUCAGCAUAUGGGCCCUACAAAACCAUGGGAAAUCGGCAGCGUUUAAACGAUGGCAUGCCGCUAACCGGAGUAGCGACUUUCGGGGAGCCAUCAUCGCCAAUGUGGAAUUUAUCUGGAAAGAAGCCCAUGGUUUAGAUUCAAAAAUUGUUUCGUGGCAUGGAUUUUGGGCUGAGAUCAAAACGUUAAACCGGUAUAAACCGAAUCUCGAGAUAGGCCAAGCAACAUCGGACGAUAGUAAUAUAGUGGACUGCAGACCUCCCUUUGCAAAGCUGAGAAAAAACGGCCCAGUGUCUCCGACAAUUGUGACACCGUACGUCCAUGAUCUUUUCUCUCAUAUGACAUUUGGUAACGUGCUUAAAGAAGUAAGCCCGUCGGCUUCAAUCGAGAGAAAGCGAGCAGCUUUCGUAGAGACCAGUCGUCCGAACGAGAAGACGAGCCUACCUGCGGUCAAGCGGAACGCGUAUGAUCAUGCCUCAUUUAUUGCUUCGAUUAGGGAGGGAGAUGUCAUAUCUACCAGGCCAGAUGAUGAGAACACUGAUACAGAAUGGAAGCAACAAAAAUCAAAGCAUUGCGAAGGGGAACAUUUGUGGUUUGGUCUAGUGCAGAAAAUCCACCGAUCGCCAAAAGGGGGGUGUUCUUUUGAUGUAAUCUGGCUGUAUCAACCGAUCGACACCCCCUGCGGCAUCAUGAAGUAUCCCUGGAAUAAUGAACUCUUCUUAUCGAACAAUUGCACGUGUCAUCACGGUACAGCAAGGGUACAAGAAGAUCAGAUUCUCUCCACGCAUGGUGUCGAAUGGUUUGGGAAUCCCUCCACGACGGCGGAGUUCUUCGUUCGUCAGACCUAUCUCUCUGAUGAUUGCCGAUGGACUACUCUGAAGACAGAACACCUUACGUGUGAGGAGGAUAGGUUUCAUAAGAAGAUAUCUUACAAUAUUGGAGAUGCCGUCCUCGUUGAAACCGACCCGAAAGCACUGCUGCUAGAGACAUUCAUCGUGGAAGGAUUCUUCGACGAGGGCAAGAAGCAUUACGUUAGAUUAAGGAGACUUCUGCGAAGGAGAGAUGUCGAUAAAGUAGCUUCUAACUCGCCCCCUAAUGAACUCGUUUACACGAACCAACUUGUGGAGAUUUCUUCUCGUAGGAUCUUUCGACAUUGCCUAGUCAGGGCAUUCCGGUCCGAGGAAAACAUACCCAGACCCUACGAUUUUAAUGGGACUGGCGACCUCUUCUUUAUGACACAUCAAGAAAUCGAGACUGAAAAGGGCCAAUUGGCUUAUGUUCCCCUCGAUAUGAACCUAGUGCACGGUUUACGGAUGGGGUUCGACCCCUCUCAGGGACAUAAAUCACAGAAACUACAAGGUCUUGAUCUGUUCUGCGGCGGCGGGAAUUUCGGGCGCGGCCUGGAAGACGGCGGCGCUAUUGAAAUGCGCUGGGUUAACGAUAUCUGGCAUGAGGCUAUUCAUACGUAUAUGGCGAACUGCAAGCCAGACACAUGCACCCCCUUUUUGGGAUCUGUUGAUGACCUCCUACUUCAAGCAAUGCAGGGUAACAACAGCAAAGUGCCUCAGCCUGGAGAUGUCCAGUUCAUUUCAGCCGGCUCACCUUGCCCGGGAUUUUCUAUGUUAACGCCGGAUAGGACCACCAAUGACCAACGAAAAAACCAGUCUCUUGUUGCGUCUUUCGCAUCUUAUGUUGACUUGUACCGCCCGUACUACGGAAUCCUGGAGAAUGUACCGCAAAUGGUAAAUUCGAGGAAUUUCCGUGACACGUGCGUCUUCUCCCAACUUGUCUGCGCGCUUGUCGGCCUGGGUUAUCAGGUCCAAGUUAUGUUCCUAGACGCGUGGUCGUUUGGUGCGCCGCAGUCUCGUAGCCGGGUAUUUCUUGUCUUCAGCGCCCCUGGUUUCCGAAUGCCCAAAGUCCCGGCGCCGUCGCAUUCGCAUCCACCGGGUACGCAUCUAACAAAGCUGGGCGAAAUGUCUUGCGGGCGACCCUUCGAUAGUAGGAUACUAUUGUCAACCCCGUUUAGAUACGUGAAUGCUAGGGAGUCCACUGCAGAUUUGCCUGAUAUUCGAGACGCAAAACCGGAUUUCUGUGUCGGCUUUCCGGACCAUCGGCUUUCAAUUGGCUUUACGCCUCCUAUGAGAAAACAGCUAUCCCUUAUUCCCAUUCACCCGUGGGGCAUGAACUUCAGCAAAGCCUGGCAUGGUCGACCCGAUAUGCCUCCCGUGAUGAGUGAGUCGGAUCGCUAUCACCUAUAUCCUCCUGCGCCUUCAGACAGGGUAAUGAGGCCGUCUAGGGGCUGGGGCCGUAUUCAUCCAAACGGCUUAUUUGGUACUAUCGCUACAAGAUGUCCACCGACGGAUGCUCGCAUAGGCACUAUAAAUCACUGGGAACAAAGCCGUCCGCUGACCGUUCUAGAAAUCAGGCGCGCGCAGGGCUUCCCUGAUGAUGAGCUAAUUGUUGGUCCGCCAGUUACUCAAUGGCGCAUUGUCGGCAACAGUGUCGCUCGGCAGGUAUCGGUGGCUCUUGGCCUCGCCGUCCGAGAGGCUUGGUACGGAACCCUCUUCGAUGAGCCGCAUAUCCCACAGACCGGAAUAGCUUCAGUUAUAGAAAGACCGUUGUCUAUGGUCGAGGAUAAAUCAUCGCUCGACUUUUCCACGUUCAAGGACAAUUUAGAAGAAGUCAGGGAACCCGGGAUAGACUCGCCAGGCUCCACUAUACCCUCCGAGGAUCUUCUGCUGGCAUCUAUCUCUCUUCAGAACUCUCUCCCACCAACCCCUAUAACAACGGGGUCGGUUGGGUUUUCUGACAGUGAAGGAAGUAGUCGAAAGAGACCGUCGCUACCUGUUAAGAUUCUGGCUAAGAGACAGCGGCUCUGCACUGGCUAUAGAGAGGUAGUAGAGAAAUCCCUCGCAAUUAAAUAUUUAGAAUGAUAUUAACAUCAUUUCCCAUGGCUACUUACUUAGCUUUAGAGACACUGUUGUGCGGACUACCGAGUCGUAUUCUUAUAUCUAAUUUAAGCAUGUAGUAGCAUACCUUGGGAGUGAGACGCCUAUUUUACAAUA